CUCUCUCCCAUUUUAUUCAGUUGCAACACAUAGCCGCCAAAAUGUCUGCUGAGAACAUUGAUAACCCCGUCUCCUACGAGCAACUCGAGGACCUCGAGGAUGACUUCGAGCAGGUUGAGCUCGAGCUCCUCCGCCAGCAGGCUAAGCUCACCAAGGACCUGUACGCCAAGCGCGCCAAGGUCGUUGCUGAGAUCCCCAACUUCUGGCCUCUCGUCUUCGAGCAGGCUCCCCCGGAUAUCGACGAGUACGUCCAGCCGACUGACUCUGCCGUCCUGCUGAGCUCCCUCGUCGACCUGUCUGUGGAGCGAUUCGAGCUUCCCAACGGCGACCCUCGCAGCAUUGCCAUCAAGUUCGAGUUCAGCGAGAACGAGUACUUUGAGAACAAGGUUCUCGAGAAGAAGUUCUGGUGGCGCCGCAACAAGGAUGGCUGGGCGGGCCUCGUCAGUGAGCCUGUCAAGAUCAACUGGAAGGCCGACAAGGACCUGACCAGCGGCAUGCUGGACCUCGUCUACCAGGUCUGGGAGGACGACAAGGCCGGCAAGGGCGAUGACACCGAGGCCAAGAAGAAGCUCAAGUCUCAGAUGGAGAGCACUGGCCUCGACGGCGUCAGCUUCUUUGCCUGGUUCGGAUUCCGUGGUCUCAAUAUCACCGAGGAGGAGAACCAGGCUGCCAUCAAGGAGGAGGAGGAGAAGCGUAAGCUCCGCAAGGCGGGCAAGGAGAUUCCCGAUGAGGAUGACGAGGAUGAGGAUGAGGAUGACGACGAGUACGAGAUGGAGAUUUUCCCCACCGCCGACGACCUUGCCGUCUGCAUCGCUGAGGAUCUCUGGCCCGGUGCCAUCAAGUACUUCUGUGAGUACAUUCAUGCCUCUGAGAAUUCUUCGGAGGAAUCAGACGAUGAAUGAGUCCAAGCGCUAAGACAAAACUCAACAGUGUCUGCCCAAGAGCAAGAUGCCAUGAGCGACAUCGACUUUGAGUCUGACGAGGAGAUGGAUGAUGGCGAGGAAGACGCCCAGCCCUCCAAGAAGCGCAAGGCUUAAAGGUUCUCACUGAUGAUUUAACGACUUCUCUUUUUUUUUAUUUUUGAAAAAAAUAUUCCCUCAAAGGCUUUUUCUUUUAUACAACAUACCAACCCGCUGCUCUUUAUCACAAGACUAUAUACAGCUGUUGAGAAACGGGAUUUAAAAAUACAUAUUCAUGAUGACGAUUUCCGGAAAGGAUUUAAAAAAAUGGGUGGACUGAUAGGACUGGGGUCUGAGCAUGGUGCUCUCAACUUUUACUUUGAUCUUAGAACGAGAUUGACAAAAAUACUACAAGACUUGCUACAGAGUUUUCAUCUCUGGCAACCUCUGA